AUCGCAGUCAGUUACCCCUGUUAGUCAACAAGUUCCUUGUGCUUUAUUUUGACUAAAUAAAGUUAAGUCCAGGAAAAUACAGCCGAAAUGUCUAGAGCCGUAAGACGUAAACACGUGUUGCUGGAAGUGUUUCAAGAUGGAUUUUCCACACCUACUGAAGAUCAGCGUAUUGUAAAAGUAUUGAGUAGUCCAGGUAAUAAUCUACACGAAGUUGAAGAUUCAGAUGGAAGCAAGUUUCUUGUCUCCAUGCCGCCAAAAUUUCGCAGAACUAUGUGGGUUAUAAGAGGAGGUUACAUUCUGAUCGAACCGAUAAAAGAAGGUAAAAAAGUCAAAGGAGAAAUCGUGAGGAUACUUACCAAGGAGCAGAUUGAACACUUCAAAAAAGAGAACGUAUGGCCCAAUGAAUUUAAAGCAAAUAAAAAUGAAGAGGAAAAUACCGAUGAUAUAUUGGUAAAUAGAAACAGACCUGUUAUUGAUAGUGACACUAGCAGUUCCAGCGAUAGUGAAGAUUCGUCUAGUGAAGAGGAUAGUGAGCCUGAAUUUGUAAAUAGAAAUAGACCUGUGAUUCAAAGUGAUAGUAGCAGUUCCGACGAUAGUGAUGAGUUGUUUAGUGAAGAAGAUAUCUGA